AUGGUAAUGGAUUUUAUCCGAUUAUUCGUAUUCUUCUACUACUACUGGACAGAACCACCGAAGCCAAACGAGGAUAUUCUCUCAUUCUGCUCAGGUUGUGUGGUGAAUCACCAUGUUGGUCCAUUGAUGUUCUCUCCCAAGAUGAAAACCCAGUUGUGGCGAUUCAUCACGUACGCAUUCCUUCAUGCUGGUUUGUUACAUUUACUCGGGAAUAUGGUGGUGCAGAUUUUGAUUGGCGUACCUCUUGAGGUGGUGCACAAACCCUGGCGAAUAGGUCCUCUCUAUGUGAUGGCUGUUUUAUCAGGAUCUCUAUUACAGUACACCCUCGAUCCGAAAGUCUAUGUUGUUGGCGCUUCAGCUGGCGAACAGCAAUUAUUCGUCGUUUUGCUUCAGACGAAUGCGAUACAGUACGUAUCCCACUCAGCUCAUAUUGCGGGUGGUAUCACUGGGUUUUGCUUUGGGGUCGUGAUUCUCUACAAUGUGGUGGUGAGUUAG